UUUUUCCCCCUCACUUUCCCCAUAACAGAAACAAAAUAAAAAGAACAACCACCUUGAAACCCUAAUUCUUUUUCCCUGCACCGAAGAGGGGGCAAAAGGCCAAGAACACUCUAGUAGAGGGCUCUCUAGCAGGGUAUCCCGUUUCAACUUUCAAGAGCCUUCGAUUCGGCUCCCAAAUCAACCAUUUUCACUACUUACUACUAUUGUUGUUAUUAUUAUUAUUCCGUAACUCGUGAUAGCUGCUGAAGAGAUUAUACACCUUGUUUUUUAGAGGAUUAGGGUUUUGAUGGGUACGGAGAGGAAGAGGAAGGUGAGCCUGUUCGACGUGGUUGAUGACGGUGCCGUUAAGAUGGCGAAACCGAACGGCGGCGCCGCCAACGCCGUCGGAGGAAACAGCCUCAUAAACCGGUGGAAUGGGAGGGCUUACUCGCAGAGGUACUAUGAGAUCUUGGAGAAGAGGAAGACGCUUCCAGUAUGGCACCAGAAGGAGGAGUUCCUGCAGGCGUUGAAGAAUAAUCAGACACUCAUCCUCGUUGGUGAAACUGGCAGUGGUAAAACCACCCAGAUCCCCCAGUUUGUUUUGGAGGCUGUUGAUAUAGAAAGCCCUGAUAAACGCAGAAAGAUGAUGGUUGCAUGCACACAGCCACGUAGGGUGGCUGCAAUGUCUGUCUCCCGGCGUGUGGCGGAAGAGAUGGAUGUGAAUAUUGGAGAAGAGGUUGGUUACAGCAUCAGAUUCGAAGAUUGCAGUAGCGCAAGAACCGUUUUGAAGUAUCUCACAGAUGGUAUGCUUCUGAGGGAGGCAAUGGCUGAUCCACUUUUGGAACGAUAUAAAGUAAUUGUUCUUGAUGAAGCACACGAAAGGACCUUGGCCACAGAUGUGCUAUUUGGCCUUCUAAAGGAAGUGCUUAAAAAUAGACCUGACUUGAAGUUGGUCGUGAUGAGUGCGACUCUUGAAGCUGAAAAGUUUCAGGGAUAUUUUAAUGGCGCUCCACUUAUGAAAGUUCCUGGAAGGUUACAUCCAGUGGAGAUUUUCUAUACCCAGGAACCUGAAAGGGACUACUUGGAGGCUGCUAUUAGGACGGUGGUGCAGAUACACAUGUGUGAACCUCCUGGAGAUAUACUUGUCUUCCUUACCGGUGAGGAAGAAAUAGAGGAUGCAUGCCGCAAAAUUACGAAAGAAGUUUCAAAUAUGGGAGAUCAGGUGGGCCCUGUGAAAGUGGUUCCACUGUAUUCUACUCUUCCGCCAGCAAUGCAGCAGAAGAUUUUUGAGCCAGCUCCUCCUCCAGUAAAUGAGGGUGGGCCCCCUGGAAGGAAGAUUGUGGUGUCAACAAACAUAGCUGAAACAUCACUAACAAUAGAUGGUAUAGUCUAUGUAAUUGACCCUGGCUUUGCUAAGCAGAAGGUUUAUAACCCUCGCAUCCGUGUUGAGUCUCUCUUGGUAUCUCCAAUAUCGAAGGCUAGUGCACACCAGAGGUCUGGGCGUGCUGGAAGAACUCAACCAGGGAAAUGUUUUAGACUUUAUACUGAGAAAAGUUUCCAUAAUGAUCUUCAGCCACAAACAUAUCCUGAAAUUUUGAGAUCGAAUCUUGCCAACACAGUUCUCACCUUGAAGAAACUUGGCAUAGAUGAUUUAGUGCAUUUUGAUUUCAUGGACCCUCCUGCUCCAGAGACCUUAAUGCGGGCACUGGAAGUGUUAAAUUACUUGGGUGCACUGGAUGAUGAUGGUAACUUAACAAAGCUGGGUGAGAUUAUGAGUGAAUUUCCAUUGGACCCACAGAUGUCAAAGAUGCUCGUUGUCAGUCCAGAAUUCAACUGUUCAAAUGAGAUACUGUCAGUUUCUGCCAUGCUAUCAGUACCCAAUUGCUUUGUCCGGCCUAGAGAGGCACAGAAAGCUGCUGAUGAAGCGAAAGCUAGAUUUGGGCACAUUGAUGGAGAUCAUCUCACGCUAUUGAAUGUAUAUCAUGCCUACAAACAAAACAAUGAGGAUCCUUCUUGGUGCUAUGAUAAUUUCGUUAAUCAUAGGGCACUGAAAGCAGCCGACAACGUUAGACAACAGCUAGUCCGUAUCAUGGCCAGGUUUAACCUGAAGUUAUGCAGCACUGAUUUCAAUAGUCGGGACUACUACGUCAACAUCAGAAAGGCUAUGCUGGCGGGAUAUUUUAUGCAGGUAGCUCAUCUGGAGCGAACUGGACACUACUUGACUGUGAAAGACAACCAGGUGGUUCACUUGCACCCAUCAAAUUGUCUGGAUCACAAACCUGAAUGGGUCAUCUAUAAUGAGUUUGUUCUUACAAGUCGGAAUUUUAUUAGAACUGUUACAGACAUACGUGGUGAAUGGUUAGUUGAUGUAGCUCCACAUUAUUAUGAUUUGUCAAAUUUUCCUCAAUGCGAAGCGAAGCGUGUUCUCGAGAGGCUUUACAAGAAACGAGAGAAAGAAAGAGAUGAAGCCAGGAGUAGGAAAUGAAGUCCUAUCCCAUCCACACCGUUUUAACCAUGGAUUUGGAUUUUUUGUCUCCUUCAAUUUGACAUCGAUUUCAUUGUGCAAAAGUUGGCGAAUACUACCGAGGAAUGAAAUUAUUGUCAUUAUCACAUUCACGAGUUAGAAGUUGAAGAAUUGCCCAAGUUCCUUGUAUUAUUUAUUUGCUAGAGUAGUAAUAUGUAUUCGUCGUGUUUGUUUUGUUUGUACCCUGAGCAGUAUUUUGAAAUUUGCAAUUUUUGUUCUUUUUGGAUGUUAGAUUCCGAUAAAGGUCGAAUUCGGAUGCGAUGCCAAUGCCCUGCAUAAUGGUACUCAUAUUAUAGUAAGUACAGAAAAAGCAAGUAGAUCCAAAGGUACCAUUUCAAAUGGCCAUUUUUAUUUGAA